AUGAGGCUAUCAUGGACCGCUCUGGCGUCGCUGGCUAUCGGCGGCGUCGGCGCAGUCGAGCUGGACAUCGAUUCGGCAGAUUCGAUCAAGGAGGCGUCGAGCACCAUUGCCUACGACAUGAUGUCCUUUUAUACCGGCAACAACACUGGUGACAACCCAGGCAACCUUCCCCAACCCUACUACUGGUGGGAGGCCGGCGCCAUGUUUAUGCACAUGGUUGACUACUAUUACUACACCGGCGAUCCAACAUACAACCCAACCACCAUCCAAGCCAUAACAUGGCAGGCCGGCGACACCGGGGAGUUUAUGCCGCAAAAUCAAACCAAAGACGAAGGCAACGAUGAUCAGGUGUUUUGGGCAUUCGCAGCCAUGGCAGCGGCAGAGCUCGAGUUCCCUCCACCAACCCAAGGCUACCCAUCAUGGACAGCCAUGGCACAGGCGGUGUUCAACUUGCAGGCAGAGAGAUGGGAUCCGGAUAACUGUGGCGGCGGGUUGAGAUGGCAGAUUCAACCGCUGAACGCUGGUUAUGACUACAAGAACAUCGCAUCGAAUGGCGGCUUCUUCCAGCUUGCUGCACGUCUCGCGCGAUACACCGACAACUCCACCUACGUUGACUGGACGGAGAAGAUGUGGAAUUGGAUCUCGAAUUCGACCCUUUACGAACCUGGAACAGCAGUAGGCACGAAAAUCUAUGACGGAGCUCAAAUCGAGGCACAAUGUAGCAAACCCAACCCAGCGCAAUAUUCGUACAACUACGGAAUCUUGAUCGGCGGUCUGGCCUACAUCUACAACCACACCGAGGAGGACAAGUGGUUGGAACCAAUCUAUGGCAUUUUAAACGGCACCUUCAACAUCUUCUUCCAUGACUCCAGCCAGGUCAUCCAGGAAGUAGGCUGCGAGCCCCAUAACUCCUGCGACACCGAUGGCUUGACCUUCAAAUCUUUCACUCUCCGCUGGCUCGCCCUGUGCGCGCAACUCGUCCCGCAGACCGCCGAGCAGAUCUGGCCGUACAUCGACGCAUCCGCACAGGGUGCAGCUGGCCAGUGCAGUGGAUCCAACGACGAGUGCGGCUAUCACUGGCUCGAGACCACUUGGGACGGUUCAACCGGCGUCGGCCAGCAGAUGUCUGCGCUCGCGGCCGUCCAGGCGCCCAUGCUGCAGGUGAAGGACUUGAAGGCUCCUCUGACGCUCAAGACCGGUGCUACGAGCAAAGGCGACGCGAGUGCAGGGACGGGCGGGGACACGGAUACCAGUGGCGAUUCGGGCAGUGAGUGGCUGACCAAGAGGAUCACCACGGGCGACAAGGCGGGUGCAGGGAUUUUGACGGCGCUGCUGCUGAUAGCGACGCUGGGUGGGACUUAUUGGCUUGUAUCAUAUUGA